CGAUCGUAAGACAUCAGUUCACUUCCACAAGUUUUGACUUCAACUUGCGAAUUUAUUGCUUAAUAAAAAAAUCGAAGAUGAAAUUCUUAGUAGUAUUCGUUCUAGUAGCUUUCGUUGCAGUUACUUUCGCCGCAGAUGCCAUCUCAUUGAAUGAGGAACAAAAGGCUAAAGUUCGUGCUACCGCUGGCGAAUGUAUCGAAAAGGAGAAGACCACCAAGGAGGAAGUACAGAAGCUGAGACAAGGACAAUUUGGUGCUGCUGAUGAAAAUCUUAAAUGCUUUGCCAACUGUUUCUUGGAAAAAUUGGGUUUCUUCGUUAAUGGUGCCAUUAAAGAGGAUGUUGUAUCUGGCAAAUUGAGUCCAAUUGUCGGAGCUGAUCGUGUAAAAGAAGUCAUGGCAAAAUGCAACAGUAUUAAAGGCGCCAAUAAUUGUGAAACUGCAUACAAAUUAUAUGAAUGUUACUACACAAAUAACGCCGCUCUUGUUUAAAAUGACUAAUAUAAGUCAAAUAACAUAAUGUGAAUUAAAACGCUUAAAACAUUAUAUUAAAAUACAAAAUUUAUUUUAAAGUGUA